AUGGAGUCUCGUCUCAUGUUCGUCUCUGCUCCGCUGAUGAGGAAAGUGAAUGAUUUUAAUUUAUACGUUACUUGCUCGAUGUCAGAGAUGCCUCGGACAGACGCAAGUCGCACGUCGGGAGGGAAUUAUACUAGCUCUGCCUCCGGGCUCUCCCCCUCCUUGACCGCCCCAGAGGCGCGAUAUAUAGACAUCGACUUGCAUAAGUAA